AAUUUUGAAACAUUGACUAAAAUGGCUAAUAUGUUCCAGGGUGUGCCUGUUUCAAAGGAAUGCGGCUGCGUUGUUUGGACGCCGGUGGUGGCGAUAGUUACAUCCGGCUAGACGCUGAUAAAGACGAUAAGCAAGACAAACAGGAGGAACUACAGUUUUUCAAUGAUGAUGGUAGUUACCAGUCAGUUGUCGUAGAAAAGAACUUGCGAGCUGUCGAUUUGUGCCAAAUUUUGGCUGUAAAGAAUAGAGCUGGGCGUGAUUUUACAUGGUCCAUUGUUGAGCAUUGGAUUGACACUAAUACCGAAAGAGUUUUGGAAGAUCAUGAAGAUGUCUUAGCUGUUCAUAGGCAGACUCAUGCUUUUAACAGGAAAUUUAUUUUCAGACGUAUACCUCAAAAAUAUGAGUUCUUCAGUGAUCCAACACAAUUUUUUCCACGGGAGAUGACAAAAUUAAGAAGAUGUAAUGCGCCACCAAUUGAUGAAAAUGCUUUACUUCAAACAAUACUUUGGCAUGGAAUCGAAGCCCCAAUGAUAUUUAGCCAAGCCAAUUACCAAUUAUUGGAAGAUAUACAUACGUGGAUAAAAAAAUUCUUUGUAAUUAAAGGAACCAAAAUCCUAAUGUCUGCCGAUCCUCAAGUUGUGAAAAGGUUUCUUCGAUAUUGGAGGAACCAAGCCACAUUCGGUUAUGAAGCAUUGAAACAAGAAACAGAAACUGUCGACCUUGAGAAGGCGGGAGGGCUGCUAGGACCCCAGGCAGGACCCAGCCGAUCAGGGAGCCCCUCCUCGGCCGCCCCCAGGCAGGAGGACCUGGUGGACCUCAACGGGGGCACCUCGCCUCCACAGCUCCUUUCGCUCCGCAGCGCUUCGUCCUCUUCGCAAUUGAAAAAUGACCAGGAAGAAGAGAGACCAGGAGAAAAGACAGACGGGACAGAAGGUCUGGAGUUGUUCGCAGACCUAAAGGACUUUGAAAUAUAUUCCUGCGUUAACCCACAGAAAGAACUUGGUGCUCCUGCUGCCCUGUGUCUUCGCAGAACUGCAGAACAAGACUUUUCCAAUUGCCUUUACUUUGCACCUGACAGCUUGCAAGACCAAACUUGUUGGCUGACGGCCAUGAGGCUAGCCAAAUAUGGAAAGCAGUUAAGGGAAAAUUAUAAGUCAUUUAAAGGCAAGCAAGAAGCUGUUUCUGCUCCUAAAGAGAUCCACACAGACAAUAUGAGGUCACGAGUAGCAAUGGAUUUUACUGGAAGUGUUGGAAGGAUUGUUGAAGAUCCACAAGAAGCCAGAGAAAUUGCCCAGUCUGAAGGUGCUUAUUGGAAAAAGAAGUGGAAAGAAAUGAUGGCAAAUCAGCCCAGACGAUACCCAACGCCCAAGGAUGAACAUGGAGCUCACCUCAACCAACCCUGGUACCAUGAGAAUAUGUCGAGGGAUCAGGCUGUGGCACUUCUCAACUCUCUUCCAGAGAAAGAUGGGUAUGUCAUAGAUAUGUAUAUUCGUCGUGCGGGACAGCAAGAGCAAGCCAGGUUGUUUCGUCUUGACAUCUAAACACAAUGGGAAAAUUCUUCAUACAACUAUUGAACCAUUACAAGAUAAAGAAUAUGAAGGAAUUUGUGAAGUAACCUACACAAUAGAUGGCGGAACGACCAAAUUUAUAGACUUGUACCAGCUUGUUUGGUUUCAUAUCCUCAAUACCACUGCACUUCCUUCUAAAUUAAUUCAUUGGUCUAAGCAUUAA